AUGAUGAAUGGGUCCGACCUUGCCAGCACGCCGGCGACCAGUCCCAAAUCCAAAGAGGACCAAGUGGUGAACGGCCACAAUGAGAAGGAGACCAACCCCUUCGCCGAGUACAUGUGGAUGGAGAACGAGGAAGACUUCAACAGGCAGGUGGAGGAGGAGCUGCAGGAGCAGGAGUUCCUCGACCGCUGCUUCCAGGAGAUGCUGGAGGAGGAGGACCAGGAGUGGUUCAUCCCUUCACGCGACCUGCCCCAGGGCAUGGCGCAGCUGCAGCAGCAGCUCCACGGGCUCUCGGUCGGCGGCGACGGCCACGCUUCCGAGGACAUCCUGAGCAAAAGCAACUUGAAUCCAGACGCCAAGGAGUUUGUACCCGGCGUGAAGUACUGA